CCUUCCUCCUUCCUCCCCAGCGGCUCCCGGGAGGGUGAGAUGGCAGAUGAGAUCGCCAAGGCUCAGGUCGCCCGGCCUGGCGGCGACACAAUCUUCGGGAAGAUCAUCCGCAAAGAAAUCCCAGCCAAAAUCAUUUUUGAGGAUGACCGGUGCCUUGCUUUUCAUGACGUUUCCCCGCAAGCACCAACACAUUUUCUGGUGAUACCUAAGAAGUACAUUUCCCAGAUUUCUGUUGCAGAAGAUGAUGAUGAAAGUCUCCUUGGACAUUUAAUGAUUGUUGGCAAGAAAUGUGCAGCUGAC